AUGUCGCUGACAACUCUAGAAUACUUCAGCUUAGAAUCAAUCUCCAAGUGGAAGAAUCUUCCGCCGCCUAUAGGUUUCGCAAAGCCAGUAACCUCUAGAGCACCUUUUAAAAAGGCGGCCUCUUCUGUUGCUUCAUACGAUGAACUGAAGGAAAAGCGUGCUUGGGACGUGGCACUUGCCCCGGCGAAGUCUCUGCCAAUGCAGGCCUUCAUGCUCUACAUGUCCGGCGGCGGUGUACAAAUUUUCAGCAUCGGCAUCGUCUUUAUGCUUCUUUUCACUCCAUUCAAGAAUAUCGCGGCCAUAAACGAAGGUAUUAUCCGAGCUGUUUCUGCCGUCACAUCACACCUCUAA